CGAUCGCCUGCAUCCCAAAAACGCAAAGCAACCUCUCUCUCCUCUCGAGCCGCACCGGCAUUACGAACCCUAAUCCAAGAAUCCUUCGAGAAGCUUCGAGCGGCGGAUCGAUGGCUCCCACGGCGGCGGAGGGAGCGAAGCAGCAGCACGCGAGGAAGGCGGUGGGGCUGGCGGCGCGCGACGCGUCCGGCCACCUCGCCCCGCUCACCAUCACCCGGAGGAGUACCGGAGAUGAUGAUGUAGCGAUAAAGAUCUUGUACUGUGGGAUCUGCCAUUCUGACUUGCACAGCAUCAAGAACGAAUGGCAGAACACCAUGUACCCAAUCGUCCCUGGGCACGAGAUCGCUGGAGUUGUCACGGAGGUGGGCAAGAAUGUGAUCAAGUUCAAGGCCGGCGACCGCGUCGGCGUGGGGUGCAUGGUGAACUCGUGCCAGUCCUGCGACCUCUGCAACGAGGGCUUCGAGAACCACUGCCCUGGCAUCAUCUUCACCUACAACUCCGUCGACCACGACGGCACCGUCACCUACGGUGGCUACUCGAGCAACGUGGUGGUGCACGAGCGGUUCGUGGUCCGCUUCCCGGACGCCAUGCCGCUGGACCAGGGCGCGCCGCUGCUGUGCGCGGGCAUCACCGUGUACAGCCCCAUGAAGUACCACGGGCUGAACGCGCCUGGGAAGCACGUCGGCGUGCUGGGGCUCGGCGGGCUGGGCCACGUCGCGGUGAAGUUCGCCAAGGCCUUCGGGAUGAAGGUGUCGGUGAUCAGCUCGUCGCCAGGGAAGCGGCAGGAAGCCCUGGAGCGGCUCGGCGCCGAUGCGUUCGUCGUCAGCAAGAACGCCGACGAGAUGAAGGCUGCCACGGGCACCAUGGACGGCAUCAUCAACACGGUGGCGGCGAACAUCCCCAUGGCGCCGCUGAUGGGCCUGCUGAAGCCGAACGGCAAGAUGGUCAUGGUCGGUCUGCCCGAGAAGCCCCUGGAGAUCCCUCCCUUUGAUCUUAUCAUGGGGAACAAGACUCUUGCCGGGAGCUGCAUCGGCGGCAUGAAGGACACGCAGGAGAUGAUCGACCUGGCGGCGAAGCACGGCGUGACGGCGGACGUGGAGGUGGUGGGCGCGGACUACGUGAACGCGGCCAUGGAGCGCCUCGCCAAGGCCGACGUCCGGUACCGCUUCGUCAUCGACAUAGGCAACAGCAACACCCUCAAGGACUCGGAGUGAUCGAGCUGCAUGCUUUACUAAUCUGCUAGUGUGUCGUCGAUAGUUCUGCUGCUGCUGCUGCUUGGCUUAUGAUGAACCAGCCGUGUAUUUGUUCGUGUCAGUGUAUUGUCAGCAAGGGGACGGAUAUUUGUAGUAUAUUCAUGACUGUGUUGGCUGUGUUAAGUUCGAGGCACCUUCACAUAUCAUAUACGUUA